GGACUGCUGAAGCGGAAGCCAAACUUCACGUUGCAGGAGCUGGAGGUGCUGAUGAGCGAAGUGCUCCGGUACGAGCCGCUGCUCUUCGGCGCCGCCGCCGGUACCGUGAACGCAUACGAGAAGCAGAAGAUCUGGUGGCGGAUCACGCACAAGGUGAACGCCGCCGGCCGCCACCAGCGCGACAUCGGCGAGGUGAAGAACCGCUGGCGAGGGCUACGCCGCCGCGCCGGGGACAAGAUCAGCCGGCACCGGCUGGAGCGGCAGGGCCCGGCCGGCAGGGCCUCCGCC